AUGGGUACCCAGCGGGAGCAAGAUGACGACACGAAGGGCAUCUGGAACGGAGGUCGGUCACCGGUGCGUCGCCGGCCGGGAGUUGAGGAACUUCAGGUUCAUAUUAGUGUGAUAACUGAAGAGAUGGAGAAUUUGCGUUCUGAAAAUCGGUUUCUUCGAGAGAAGGCGCUUGAAUAUCGGCUUCGUGCUGAAAAAGCUGAAGUUAGACUUGUUCGUGAGGGAAUCACACCUGGUGAAAAAAAUGAACAAGUGUUUCAACGCCGUAGCUUCGCUGAAUUGAACAAAAGUGUUAACCUUGAAUAA